ACUUAAAUUGGAUUUUAAAUCUGCAUUUAAAGUCCGCCCUUUGAAAAAUCUAAAACACACACACAUUUCCACAGUGGCAUGCUUCUCUGCCUCUGGACUCUUGGAUUUGAUUUCCAAACUCUAGAUCGACCACCAACUUGGCGGAUUUCGGGUGUGGAGAAAAUGCAAGGUUUGAAAUUGAAAUCCAUGGGUUUAAGGAUGACUUUGAAAUACACAGAUUUUAAGUCUUUCAAAUACCCUGGAUUUGGGUUCCUUACUCAAGGCUCGCAUGAUAGUGAUGAACCCAGAUCUGGUUUGGACAGAGGAGAAGAGGAAGAGAGAAGAGAAGGAAAUGAGGAAAAGACCUUGGAAGGGUAUCCAUGGUUUGGUAACGAUUUUGUUGAAGUUGUCACCAUUUGGAUAUAUAAGAACAGGUUGUUGAAGAAAGAUAAGAGCUUUGAUGGAGACAAAGAUUGGUGUGAAGAUUUGAGGGCUUUGAUGGAGGAAGGCAAAGUUGAUGGGAAUCAAGACAACAACAUAUCUACCACGUCAUGUGAUCCAUUACACACCCAAGGAGGUCCAGUCACGCGAGCUAGAGCUAAGAAGAUGCAUGAAGCUUUAAAUGGUCUUAUUGAGCAGAUCUGGGUUGAAAACAACAUACAACAAGCAAAUCGAAGCUUGGAUGAUUAUCAAGGCAUGAUAAACAUCAUUCAGGUUCAAGAGAAGCUCAAUUGAGGUCAUCUAUGCUAAAUUACACAGUUUGCGUCAAUCUCGCAAUUCUGUUGCAAUUUGUAACAAACUGAUAUUUCAUGU